AAAAAUUCACAAUCAAUCAAUGUGAAGUGAAUGUGAUUUCGGCAUUUGGAUUAUGAAAUAAUUUAAAACUAAUGUAAUUAAUUUACAAACAGAAAUACAAAGGAUAUAAUAAUGGCUUUAUCGUUUCUACGUAGCAGUGGAAUCGCCCGCAAUGUCAAACGACAACUUUACCAAAAUAAACGAAACGCUGGAUACGUUGUUCUUAUUCCUGAAAUAGGUGAGGAUGCAGAAAACACUUUGCUGUCAGAUAACGGGCUGCCAGAGUUCAAUGACAUUUCAAUUGAAAAAUGCAUCGCCACAAUCAGCAGACAGAGCCUGGAGUACGAAAACGGUGUCAGACAGAUUGAGCAUGGUUCACAAAACUGUAAAAAUGCUUUUGUGGAAAUAUUUCAACCAUUAGAGAAACUCGACUCUCAAUUAGAACUCACUUGGGGCAUGGCUAAGACACUGUACCUCGGUAACAGUUCACUAAUGCCUACAAAGUCCUACAUUCAAAUACACGAGAGAGCGCACAAAGCAAGAUCAUCAAAAUUCAACAGCAUACCCAUCUUCCAAGCAGCAGUUACAGAAAAGAACCGACACAAAAAGCUUACAGAUGAGGAACAGAGAUUGUUAGACAAAUACAUUUUAGAAGGUAAACUAAAUGGUCUAGAUGUGAAAGGUAUCAAAAGAGAGAGACUGAACAAUAUCCUGGCAGGGCUACAGAAAGAACGGCAAAUGUUCAGAGAUAAAGUAAAUGUAGCAAACAAAGUCUUCACAAGUACUAUCAAGGAUGCAAACCUUAUGAGAGAGUUUCCUAGUGGGUUAGUAUACUCAAUGGCUAUGGGUGCAGAUCCCACCAAAGGACCCUGGAAGGUCACACUACAGCCCCAUAUAUAUGAACCAUUUAUGCAGUAUUGUCCAGACAGGGAGCUCCGUUGGAAUGCAUGGCAGGCACAUGUACAAAGGUGCUCAAGUUAUGUAAACAAAGAAAUUGAAACCGCUACAAAUUUAGAAAACAUAAGGAGCCUACGAAGAGAACAAGCAAUGAUAUUGGGUUAUGAAACAUUUGCAGAUAUGAGCAUGGAAACCAAAAUGGCAGGGUCUGUGGAGAAUGUUAACAAUGUCCUCGACAACUUGCUGGAGAGUGCCAGGUCAAUGCAAGAUGCAGAAAUAGAAUUAUUACAAAGAUAUGCACAAGACAGAGGCUUUGAUGUUAAGUUAGAACACUGGGAUAUACCUUACUGGCAAAGAAAACAGAAAUGGUCAAUGUAUGGCUUUGAUGAAGACAAAAUUCGGGAAUACUUCCCUCUACCCAAAGUUAUUGAUAGUCUUUUUGAACUAUGCAGUAAGCUGUUUAAUAUUCAAAUUGUAGAGAGAGUGGGAAUCCAUACUUGGCACAAGGAUGUCAAAUUCUAUGAUGUGUUUGAUGAAUCCAGCACGGCUCCAGUAGCUAACUUCUACUUGGACCCAUAUGCUCGCAAGGAUCUAAAAAUUCGCAUUUAUGAUGAUGCAGGGUGGCAUAUUGCUGUCAGAAACAAAUGCACAUCAACUGGUACUGCUCCAUUAUCUGCAUUAAUAUUUAAUUUCCAAACUCCAUCAGAUGGCCAACCUUCUUUACUGUCAUUCAAUGAAGUUAGUAUUCUGUUUCAAAGAUUUGGUCAUUCACUUCGUCAUUUACUGACCAAGGCUAAUUACUCAGAGGUUGCUGGUCUCUCUAAUGUAGAAUGGGAUGCUGCCGAGGUGUGUGGGCAAGUGAUGACUCACUGGCUGUAUGACCCACAAACUAUCAAUUCAGUUAGUGGUCAUUUUGAAACAGAAGAGCCCCUACCUGACGAAAUUGUGAGAAAUCUACAAAACAUCAGAGGCCACAUGUCAGGUUACAACUUGUGCAAAGAGCUGUACCUAUCAAAACUUGACUUGGAACUACAUACGAAAAAGGAUUUCUGGAGAGACAUUGUAAGGGAGAUGUGGCCAAAAUACCAUGCUCUGUCUUUCGACAAGUACGAUUCUCACCCCCUUUCAUUCACGAAGAUUUUCUCUGAGGAGUGGGGAAGUGCAUACUACUGCCGAUUAUGGUCCAAAAUGAUUGCUGCAGACAUCUAUGGUGCAUUUGAAGAAGCCAAGAAGGGUGACCAGAAUGUUUCAGAAGUGGGAAAAAGGUACAGAGACACAUUCUUAGCUGUGGGAGGCAGUUGUCAUCCUAGUGAGGUGUUCAGAAGGUUCCGAGGACGAGACCCCUCUCCCCAUGCUCUCCUUAAGAACCUUGGACUACCCAAAAAAGUUAUUGAAGAGUGAAUGUAAUAUAGCAUUUGGUUGAUAUAUUAUAAUUUUAUUCCUAAUAUUAUAAUGUUUCUGUUGUACAA